UGUGGAUACGUGGUCUUCCUGGAGCUGUUCCUGCAGACAGCAGAGAAGCACUUCAUGGUGGGGCACGGGGUCACUUACUACGUCUUCACCGACCAGCUGGUUGCUGUGCCCCGUGUGCCACUCUGGGAGGGCCGGAGGGUGGUGGUCGUCGAGGUCUGUGGCGUCCUGCUCUGGCAGGAUGUGUCCAUGUGGCACAGAGCGAUGAUCAGCCGCUUCUGCGAGCAGCGCUUCCUCUGUGACAUGGAAGACCUGGUGUGCGUGGACGUGGAUGCGGGAAUGAAGUUCUGGGACCAUGAGGGCAUGGAGAUCCUGUCCCCCCUCUUUGGUACCCCACACCCCGGUUUCUACUGGGCAGCCCAUGAGGACUUUAGCUACGAGUGCUGGCCACAGUCCCAGACCCACAUCCCCAGGGACCAGGGCAACUUUUACUAUGGGGGCCUUUUUGGGGAAUUGGCGGUGGAGGUUCCCCGACUGACCUUGGCCUGUCACCAGGCGAUGGUGGCCAACUGGGCCAAUGGGAUUGAGGCCGUGUGGCCCGAUAAGAGCCACCUGAACGGGUACCUGCUGGACCACAGGCCCACCAAGGCGCUGUCCCCAGAGGAGCUAUGGGACCCACGGCUGCUGGGCCGGCCCCCCAUCAUUCCCUGGGUCAUGAAGAAGCUGAGAUUUGUGGCUGUGCCCAAGAAUCACCAGGACAUCUGGAAGUCACGAGGGGCUGCCCCCGUCUCCAUCAGGGGGUGCUGCCUUGAGCGGAGCUGUCAGAGCAGAUUCCUACUUCUGUCCCCUUGAGGGAAACUGUGGAGCCCAGCACUGCUUGCACGGGCACGCCAACGCCCCAGGCACCCCUGUGCACAGGAGGCCUGCCUGGGGGCACACGUUCCUCUCUUUGUGGUCACUACAUUUUGAUCAUUUCGGGGUCAUUUGCAGCUGUGAACGGUUCCAGUUUUAUGUCAGAUGUUUUUCUGUGUCAAUGCUGAGCAACUAUCUUUAAAAAGAACAAUUAAGGGAAAAGGUUUUCUCUCUGGUUCUAAACAGACAUUGCCUGUUGGGGCUGGGAGCAGCCCUGUAGCAGCCAUGGAGCCAGAACAGGUGCUGGCCGGGUCUUCCCUCCCAGUCCUUACACCUCACCGCAGCCAUGGGGCUUCAGGGUCAGGGUGUGCCGGGCCACCUCUCAGACCCCCCAGUGCCCUCACCACUGGAGGCCUUGGCCGUGGCCACUAGCUCGGCCUCCAGGAGCGUGGAGCCCUCUGGGCUAUAUAAGGUUCCUGCCUUGGUUUUAAAUGGCUAUUUCUGGGCUCCUGGGUGGCUCAGUUGGUUAAGCGACGGCCUUCGGCUCAGGUCAUGAUCCUGGA